AAUAAUCUCCGCUCCCAGACUACUCCGUUCCUCCGGAUUUCGAUCCCCCUUUUUCUAUCUGUCAAUCAGCGCCGCCUUUGAACUGAAAAGCUCUCAGUCUAACUUCAACUCACUCAAAUCCGAGCGGCACGAGCACCUCCUGUAUCUUCGGCUUCCCCCCCCUUUGCUCUUUAUAUCUGACUUCUUGUUGUUGUUGGUGUUUUUUUUACCCCCCUUUUUUUAUUUAUUAUUUUUUUGCACAUUGAUCGGAUCCUUGGGAACGAGAGAAAAAAGAAACCCAAACUCACGCGUGCAGAAGAUCUUCCCCCCCCUUCCCCUCCCCUCCUCCCUCUUUUCCCCUCCCCAGGAGAAAAAGACCCCCAAGCAGAAAAAAAAGUUCACCUUGGACUCGUCUUUUUCUUGCAAUAUUUUUUGGGGGGACAAAACUUUUUGGGGGUGAUUUUUUUUUUUUUUUGGCUUUUCUUCCUCCUUCAUUUUUCUUCCAAAAUUGCUGCUGGUGGGUGAAAAAAAAAUGCCGCAGCUGAACGGCGGUGGAGGGGAUGACCUAGGCGCCAACGACGAACUGAUCUCCUUCAAAGACGAAGGCGAACAGGAGGAGAAGAGCUCCGAAAACUCCUCGGCAGAGAGGGAUUUAGCUGAUGUCAAAUCGUCUCUAGUCAAUGAAUCAGAAACGAAUCAAAACAGCUCCUCCGAUUCCGAGGCGGAAAGACGGCCUCCGCCUCGCUCCGAAAGUUUCCGAGAUAAAUCCCGGGAAAGUUUGGAAGAAGCGGCCAAGAGGCAAGAUGGAGGGCUCUUUAAGGGGCCACCGUAUCCCGGCUACCCCUUCAUCAUGAUCCCCGACCUGACGAGCCCCUACCUCCCCAACGGAUCGCUCUCGCCCACCGCCCGAACCUACCUGCAGAUGAAAUGGCCACUGCUUGAUGUCCAGGCAGGGAGCCUCCAGAGCAGACAAGCCCUCAAGGAUGCCCGGUCCCCAUCUCCGGCACACAUUGUCUCGAACAAAGUGCCAGUGGUGCAGCACCCGCACCAUGUCCACCCCCUCACACCUCUCAUCACAUACAGCAAUGAACACUUCACCCCGGGAAAUCCACCUCCACACUUACCAGCCGACGUAGACCCCAAAACAGGAAUCCCACGGCCUCCACACCCUCCAGAUAUAUCCCCGUAUUACCCGCUAUCGCCUGGCACCGUAGGACAAAUCCCCCAUCCGCUAGGAUGGUUAGUACCACAGCAAGGUCAACCAGUGUACCCAAUCACGACAGGAGGAUUCAGACAUCCCUACCCCACAGCUCUGACUGUCAACGCUUCCAUGUCCAGCUUCCUGUCUUCCAGGUUCCCUCCCCACAUGGUCCCACCUCAUCAUACUCUGCACACCACCGGCAUCCCCCAUCCGGCCAUAGUCACGCCAACAGUCAAACAGGAAUCCUCUCAGAGUGACGUCGGCUCCCUCCAUAGCUCAAAGCAUCAGGACUCCAAAAAGGAAGAAGAGAAGAAGAAGCCCCACAUAAAGAAACCUCUAAAUGCAUUCAUGUUGUAUAUGAAGGAAAUGAGAGCAAAGGUUGUAGCUGAGUGCACCUUGAAAGAGAGCGCGGCCAUCAACCAGAUCCUCGGGCGAAGGUGGCAUGCACUGUCCAGAGAAGAGCAAGCGAAAUACUAUGAGCUGGCCCGGAAGGAGCGGCAGCUUCACAUGCAGCUAUACCCCGGCUGGUCCGCGCGGGAUAACUAUGGGAAGAAGAAGAAGAGGAAAAGGGACAAGCAGCCUGGAGAGACCAAUGAACACAGCGAAUGUUUCCUAAAUCCUUGCCUUUCACUUCCUCCGAUUACAGACCUGAGCGCUCCUAAGAAAUGCCGAGCGCGCUUUGGCCUUGAUCAACAGAAUAACUGGUGCGGCCCUUGCAGAUGCAAAUACUCCAAAGAAGUGUCGGGCACUGUUCGGGCUUGACCGACAGACUUUAUGGUGCAAACCGUGCAGGAGAAAAAAAAAGUGCGUUCGCUACAUACAAGGUGAAGGGAGCUGCCUCAGCCCACCCUCUUCAGAUGGAAGCUUACUAGACUCGCCUCCUCCCUCCCCCAACCUGCUAGGCUCCCCUCCCCGAGACGCCAAGUCACAGACGGAGCAGACCCAGCCUCUGUCGCUGUCCCUCAAGCCCGACCCCCUGGCCCACCUGUCCCUGAUGCCGCCGCCGCCCGCCCUCCUGCUCGCCGAGGCCGCCCACGGCAAGGCCCCCGCCCUGUGCCCCAACGGGGCCCUGGACCUGCCCCCGGCCGCCCUGCCGCCGCCCCCGCCGCCCGCCGGCCCCUCCGCGCCGCUGGCGCAGCCGUCGACCUCUUCCUUACAUUCCCACGGCGCCCUGGCCGCGCCGCAGCCCCAGCCGCUGUCCCUGGUCACCAAGUCUUUAGAGUAGCGCUAGCGUCGCCAGCCCCCGGCUCUGUGUCGUGUUCUGUCCCGCGCUUCGUCUGCGCCCUCCCCCGCCUUCCAGAGGUUUUGUUUUGUAACUCUUUUCAUUUCGUGCCGCGUGGCUACAUUAGUUGAUGUUUAUGGAGUUCAUUGGUCAAUAUUUGACCCAUUCUUAUUUCAAUUUCUCCUUUUAAAUAUGUAGAUGAGAGAAGAACCUCAUGAUUCUACCAAAAUUUUUAUCAACAGCUGUUAAAAGUCUUUGUAGCGUUUAAAAAAUAUAUAUAUAUACAUAACUGUUAUGUAGUUCGGAUAGCUUAGUUUUAAAAGACUGAUUAAAAAACAAAAAGAAAAAAAAAAAGAAGAAGCAAUUUUGAAGCAGCCCUCCAGAAGGAGUUGGUUCUGUAUUAUUUGUAUUAAAUACGAGCUUGCGAACCAAUCAUUUACAUCUGGUUUUUAAACCAUAAGGGCACGAGGAAUGCAGUGCCGUUACUCUUUUUUUUUUUCCUUUCUGUGUGAAACAACUUUUAUUGUGAUGUUUCUUGUUAUUGUUUAAAUGUACAGAAACAAAGGGUUAAAAUGUGUUAAUAUACCUUGUUCCAUGGUGUUGUUCUUUUGGGGGGAGGGGAAGCUACUCCUCAAUUAAUAGAAUCACAAUGCUGUUGGGCCAGUAGUAUUUAUUGCUUUAGAGAUUGCUUGUUGUACCUGUAUGUUGUCUCUUUUUAAAUAUGUUUUCCUUUUUCUUGAAACUGUAAAAAGUUUUUUUCCCCCCCUUAGCAUAAGCAUCUUAUAUAUAACAACUCAUUUGUACAAGGUUUUUAAGUUUAUAUAUAAAAUGUGUAUAUAUAUUUUUUUGUUUCCCUUUUGGAUUUUUUUUUUUUUCUGUAUGAAACCCAGAUGCCACCAAAUGGACAUUAAUAGUUGCAUUAAGGAUCAGUAGCAUUAACAAAAGUUGCUUUAAAAGCCAUUAUGUAAAACAAGACUUGAAAAUUAGUGAGGGAAUUCUUAGCUAGCGAGGCUAUCUGAGCAGCAGUGGGAACCAUCCUUGUUUCCCCUUUGAACUCCCAGUCGGAUUGCCCUACGCCCUUAGGACAUGGACUGACUGCGUGCAAAACUUUUACGUGCCAAAAUUCUCAGUGACUUUAGCUUUCUCCCUCUUUUUGAUGCUGUAAUUUUUGUUCAUCAUGUUUUGCUGUGAUGUUACAUAGGUAGCUUUGUAUGUAGUUUUAAUGUCACCUAUAACAAAAUGUGUUUGGUAGCAAGAUUGUCCAGAAAGCAUUUUAAAUGAAGAGGUAUAAACCCUUAAGGGCCAAAAUUCUGUAUAUUAGAUUACUCUUAAAUGAAAAACCAGCUGCCACUUUUAUGUACACAUAUUACAUACAAGCAGGUAGCAACCUUUAAAAAUAAAAAAAACCUAGGCAUGUUGAUGUUGCAAAAUGCUGUAUAAAGCUAAAACCUGUUCAUUCAGUGCCAUUGUAGUUGACAUGAAGCGAUUGUAAAACUGUCUCCGAUUUUUCUCUGGUUUAUUAAAAUGCUAACUAUAACAUUUUUUGUGAAUACUUUGAAUGUUUCCUAACAGUUGUGAUGUUACUGUUCCGUUUUAUGCUCUUAUUCCAAGUUCAUUUUUAAUGGUUUGGAAGCCAUUUUUGUAAUGAAUAAAUGUCCAUGCUGUACAGUAUCUGUAGCAUGCCGUUCUGGAUUAAUAAAAGCAACUUAGUAUGUGCA